CGGGCACUCACUGUGGAACUCGCUCCAAUCCCCUGUUCUUCUGACCCUUCAAAGCCCUUCUCUUCUCUCCUCCUCUCAUCCAUUCCACUCGCCCUGCAACGCAUCUCAUUGAUUGCUCUCUUUCGCUUCCAUUUUUUUUUUUUCUAAUUCAUAGAGGUUUAUAGGUGUUGAUAUGGAGGAGGAGUUCGAUCUGCUGGCGGGCGAGGAGAUGAUGAACGAGGAUGCCAUGGAUUUCGCCGACGAGAGCCCCAUCAUCAAGGUCGGGAAGGAGAAGGAGAUCCGGAAGCAAGGCCUCAAGAAGAAACUCGUCAGGGAGGGCGAGGGCUGGGACAGUCCCGAGGUCGGCGACGACGUCGAAGUGCACUACACUGGAACGCUCCUUGAUGGGACAAAGUUUGAUUCGAGCCGAGAUCGGGGAACGCCAUUCAAGUUUAAGCUUGGACAAGACUGAAGUGUGCAUUCAACUCCUUGGAUGUGGAUUGGAUGAUGCUUCUGAAGUGGAGAAGUAAAUGUAAGAUUUAUUUAUAAGAU